GUGGCGCUCAGACUUCGUGGAUGUGUGUCACGUCGCCAGCACCGGCCGCUGCGCUCCCAGACCUCACCCUCUCACUCCCUCACUGCUCCAGGUGGACGUGUGGCGGCUCCCCUCCCACCUGAGUGUUCACCUCCACACCUUAGAGGCGCCGGGAGAGAACCAUGUCAGUGAUGGCGUGUGUGUCCGUGCAGAGGCGAGGAGGCGGCGUGGUGGUGAUGGUGAUGCUGGCCACAGUGACGCUGGGAACGCUGUGUGGAUUCCUUUCCAUAUACAUGGUGCAGAGUGCUCGCUCUCCACGAGGCAUGGUGGUCCAGCCCGCGGCAGGUGAGGCGGUGAGCGGGGCGGUCGGGGACGCGGUGUGUACACCACACAAGCGCAUCCUGAUCUGGACGACGUUUUGGAAAGAGCAGAGCUUCGCCUGGGAGCGAAUCUUUUUCAGUGCCUCCAUCAGACAAGUGUCCCGCCAGUGUCCGGAGAGCAGAUGUGAGCUGGUGUACGACCACCGACUCCUCGACUCUGCCGCCGCUGUGGUCUUUCACCCGGGAGACAUGAAGCCUUCCUACUCCAUCCCCGCCACCCGCCCGCCGGGACAGCCCUGGGUAUUCCUCUCCUUGGAAUCCGCCUCCACGGUAAUCGGCAAUAACGUGAACUUGGCCCGUCUGGGCGGGGUGUUCAACUGGACCAUGACGUACAGGCGGGACUCUGACGUGGUGAUGCCGUACGGCCUGGUGCUGCCCCGCACGCCGCCCCUCAACUCUGGGAAGGACUACUGGGCGGGCAAGUCAAGCAAGUUGUUAGCAGCGUGGGCCGUCAGCCACUGUAACACCGAGUCGCGCAGGGAGUGGUUCGUGAAGGAAAUGGUCAAACACAUGAGCGUGGAUGUGUUCGGGAGGUGCGGGACUAAGAAGUGUGGCAAGAACCUUUCUGUGAGGACCAUGGGAACUUUCAACCAGACGGAAUGCACGAACGAGAUCCAGAAAUACAUGUUCUAUUUAGCCUUCGAGAACUCCAUCUGCCUGGAUUACAUCACGGAGAAGUUCUAUCAAGCCCUGACACUGGAGGUGGUCCCUGUGGUACUGGGCGGCGGACCCUAUGAGGACAUUGCUCCUCCUCACUCCUACGUGGACGCCCUCGCCUUCCCCUCACCCAAGCACCUCGCCAAGUACCUCAAGAAACUGGCAAACGACCGCGAUGCUUACAACGAGUUCUUUGCCUGGAAGCAGCACUACACAGUGGAGUUGGGUCAUCCGUUCUCGCCCCUCGUGUGUGAUCUCUGCGCCAAACUUCAUGACCCGUCCAGCCUCUCUCCUCCCAACGUCACCAGGAGCCCCAUGGAGCAGGCUGGGGUGCUCGGGGCGGUGCGGGGCCGGGACGGGAAUGGCAGCUACCCAGACAUUCAUUCGUGGUUCGUGAGGGGCAGCGGGUGUCGCCGGUGGUGGCAGAGCGCCGAGGAUCGUAGGAAGCAUAUCCACAAAUGACAUAAUUGAUAGGUGCUUAGAGUCUAAUAGAUUUCGGGUUGAGUCUGUCUGAUCUCCAACUACAUUCUUCACUUUUUAGCAUCCUGUCUCCAUUACUCUUAAUAAAAUGAAGUUGAGUUUUCAAGUGUGUCGUGUACGAGAUGCCCAUGUUUUGUUUUGUUUUCUUUCUUAUACCAUGUGGACUUUUCACGGGAAUUUAUGGGCUAAAGGGGAUACUUUUUUGGGUACCUCCUAUCUCAAAGCCCACCCGCUAGGAAACCGUUGCCUCGAGUGAGGAAGCCCUACCUACAUUCGGACCGUGGACAGGAUUCAAACCCGUGCGCUUGGAGACCCCUCGGACUCCAAAGCACGCAUGGUUCCACUGUACCACGGCACAGUUUCUCUGGUUAUUGAAUAUAUGUAAAUACUC